UUCUUCAAACAAAAAGCAAUUCAUGAAAACCCUACUUUUCUUUUUACUGUUUGGUUUCUAAGAAAAACACGAAGGAAAAACAAAAAGAAACUUUAUAGUCUUGAAAUUCUAAAACUGUAACUCUUUCAACUUUAUAUUGUAUCUUUCUUGAAUAUAACAUUUUGUUUCUUCCGUACGCACGUCAUUUUCUCGGCAAACAAACAGGUCGCAUUUUUUACUUCUUGUUUAACGAACUUACACUGUUCGAUCUUUCGUAGAAAAUUAACAUCUGAGAUAGUAAUAAUGGCUAAAGAGAUACUACAGUUUUAUUUCACUGUAAUCGUCUUCUCGGCGAUUCUGGUUUCACAGGCUUGGGCAGUUACUGAUCCGUACGAUGUCAUAGCCCUUGAAAAUCUUUAUUUGGCCCUGAAUAAGCCCCCACAGCUCAAGAGUUGGAAAUUGGAAGGAGGGGAUCCAUGUCAGGAGUCAUGGACUGGAGUAUCAUGUUCUGGAUCAUCUAUAGUACACCUUAAAAUUCAGGGACUAAACCUUAGUGGGUACCUCGGAACCCAGCUCCAUUAUCUCCACAACUUGAAGUACCUGGAUGUUAGCUCCAAUUAUAUUCUGGGCGAAAUACCGUAUAGCCUACCUCCUAAUGUCACUAACAUCAACUUAGCAUUCAACAACUUGAGCCAAAAUAUACCCCAUUCGCUGUCAAGCUUAAAAGUUCUUCGACAUUUGAAUCUAAGCCACAAUUUACUGUCUGGGCCCAUUGGCAAUGUGUUCACUGGCCUAAAGAAUCUAAAAGCAAUGGACCUAUCAUACAAUGACUUCAGCGGAGACUUGCCACCUUCAUUUGGCUCUCUGAAAAAUCUUAGUAGAUUGUUCUUGCAGAACAACCAAUUCACUGGAUCCGUUAUCUACCUUGCUGAUCUUCCCCUAACCGACCUGAACAUCCAAUCUAAUCAAUUUAGCGGUGUUAUUCCUACUCAAUUUCAAUACAUACCAAAUCUGUGGAUUGAUGGGAAUAAGUUCCAUAUAGGAGCCAACUAUCCACCCUGGAAUUAUCCUCUGGAAAAUGUGACCAUUGGGCAAAAUUUUAGUGGUCCCCCGUCAGCAGAAUCAAGUGCCCUUGAGAACUAUCCCAAUCACAAGGCAGCUGAACACAAGAAGAGAAGGCUAGGUCCCGGAGGAAUAGCUUGUGUUGUUGGUGGGACAACUCUUGUGGUGGCCUGUGCUGCAAUUUUUUUUGCAGUCCGUGUUAAGCAAUCCGUUGAUUUUCCAGUUAGAAACAGAGAAGACUGUUCGCCAGCAGCAUAUGAUGCAAGCCCACAGCUCUUGCCAGUCAAAUCUCCACCUACUCUUGGACUAAACUAUGUACCUCCCGCUUGCCGUACAAGAAAUGAAAAAAUGUCCAGAAGAAGAAGCUUUGCAAAGAAAUACAAAGCCCCUGCAAGUGCUAAAAUUUAUACCGUUGUAGAACUUCAAUCAGCAACAAACAGUUUCAGUGAAAAGAAUCUAAUCGGAGAGGGAUCUCUUGGUUCUGUUUACAGAGCUGAGUUCCCUGAUGGCCAAAUAUUGGCUGUGAGAAACAUCAGUAUGGUAUCACUAUCUUUCCAAGAAGAAGAACAAUUCAUGGAUGUUAUCUGGACUGCAUCUCGACUAAGGCAUCCAAACAUUGCGACACUUCUUGGAUACUGUGUAGAACAUGGACAGCAUCUCCUUGUUUACGAGUAUAUCAAAAGUUUAUCUCUAGAUAAUGUUCUGCAUGGUGAAGGAUACAAACCACUGCCAUGGACAGUUCGUCUCAAUAUUGCACUUGGUGUUGCUCGGGCUCUGGACUACUUGCAUUCUACUUUCUGCCCUCCUAUUGCUCAUGGCAACAUAAAGGCUUCCAACGUCUUACUUGAUGAAGAACUCAAGCCUCGUCUCUGUGACUGUGGGAUUGCAAUUUUGAGGCCGCUGACCAGCAACAGUGUUAAAAUUAAGGCUUCUGAAAUUGCUGUUGGUGAUACUGGCUACACUGCACCUGAACAUGGGGAACCAGGAACAGAUAACACUAAAAGUGACGUUUAUGCCUUUGGGGUCUUGCUUUUGGAGCUAUUAACAGGAAGGAAACCUUUUGAUAGCUCAAAGUCUAGAAAGGAGCAAUCACUGGCAAAAUGGGCUUCAUCUCGGCUUCAUGAUAAUGCGUAUUUGGCACAGAUGGUUGAUCCAAGCAUCAAGAGAACACUCACCUCCAAGACUAUCUCCAGAUAUGCAGAUAUCGUCUCCUUCUGUAUUCAGUUUCCUGUACUGAAAAAUCUCAACAGCCUGAGAAGUUAUUCCGGCCACCUAUGUCUGAAAUUGUGGAAUCUCUGGCAUCUCUUCUGCAAAACUUCACCAAUGCUAGAAACGGUGCUGUAGAUGGCACUGAAGUUGAUCUCCUUGACAGGCCUUUUGAUAGAAAACAGUCCUGCUUAGUAAGCUCUCCCACAGUGAGCUUUUACUCCACCUGAUAUUGCAAGCAGUCAAAAGGCACACAAAACUGAUAUGCCUGGCGUUCUUGGAGUGUCAACAUCGAAAGCACUGGGGAAGUUUUGUAACUCGAAUACACUUAGCACAAUAUAUCAUUGUCAACAUUGUAAAUCUGUAACCCUACAUUAGUUUUGUAUCAUGUAUCAGCAUUAAGGCAUAAUAAUAGGCACUCUAAUUCUUCAAUCCGGUGAAACUGAGGUUUGCUUACCUCUCAAGCUGAGAGAAUUCUUUUGUCUCUCUUCAUUAUUCAUGACCCUACGUUUUAAUA